AGUUUCUCCAUUAUUUCUCAUCUUUACUUAAAAUCUGCAGCCAAAUUCUCUAAUGUUAUUUGGAAAUUGUGAUUAGGAUUACAAAGGGAUUAUUUUUUCUUUAUUAUUAUUGACGACUCUGUCGAUGAAGUUGGAGAAGAAACUUGUUCUAGGGUGUGUUUGUUUUAUGAAAAAUAUGCUGAAGAAAAUGGUUUUACGCAAAAUUUAUUUUAAGGAAAGUGAUCAAUAUUCUCUUAUUUGGUUUUGAGCAUGUAAAUGAGAGGGAAUUAGCUUUCCAGUGUUCGAAGAAUUUAUGGCAAGCAAAAACAUCCAUAAAGUUAUGGUAAAAGUAGUGUAGAUCAAGUUGAGAGAGAGAGAGAGAGAGAGAGAGAGAGAGAGUAGUGCUCUCACGACAGUGGUGUCUCUUCAGGGAAAUUCAUUUCCCAUUCUAUUCCUCAAUACAACAUAUGCAAUUUUAUUCAGUUGUACCUUUAGUCUUUCUUUCCUUGUAAUCCCUUUUAGGGGCAUUUAAACACUUACUCUAAUUAUUUGGAUUCUUGCUUAAUUUCUUGGCACAUUAAAGGGGAGGACUCAUUCCAUGUCAUUCCUCAUUCCAUUCUAAUUCAUUCCUUUUUCCCUAUGCUAAAUCUUUUGUGACUGGACUUUUCGAGAUUCAAAGCUUAAUGGAAUAAAGGUAGUUAGGACUUGAGUCUCAUUCUCUUUGUGCCCCUUCUAAAGAUCUUCUACCAUAACAGUUAUGUGCUCACGUCGAGACAAAAAGAUUUUAGAAAACCUGAUGAGAUCAUGAAGUGUUCAAAAAGCUCAACACUCAACAUCAUUGUAGUAAAACAAGACAAAAGAAAGUGGGCUCCUCAUGGAAUAGACACAUAUAUAUGAGAGGGUUAAUUUUCUUUGCCAUGUUACAUGUGUCACAGCCCAGAGAAAUGGAUCGUUCUCGAGGGUUUCUAAACGAAAGACCGUGACUAAUCCAUGAACAAGCAGGCGACCCUCUCGAGUAUUCUCUAGAAUAAUGCUAAGGGCGGGCAAUAUUGUAAUUGUACACUGUUCUAGAGUCUUCUGUAUUAAAUGCAGGUAGAUGGUAGGUGGGGAGAUUCAAUCUCUACCGUUAGAUCGAUGAGAGAUCUACAGAUACAGUUGAGUUUGUACUUUUAUAUAAAGGGGUCUCCUCCCCUCAUUUGGACAUCUCAUUCUCACAAGAGCAAUAAAAAUCUAGAGCUUCUCUCUGUGGAAGUUUCUCCUCUCAAAUCCUUGUGAGAGAGUGAUCCUGCUGUUUGUGGAGAAAAGCUAAAAGCUAAGGAAAAGGCUUUUGUGGUGCCAUUCUCUGUCAUGGAGUUCGCUUCUUCCGUUUCCUCUGCUUCGUUUCUGAUACUCGUGGCAUUGAUGGCUCUCGCAUGGCUUCUCAAGCAUGCAAAUUGGUACUUGUAUGAGACCCAGCUUGAUGAGGAGCAACGUCGCUCGUUACCUCCCGGUGAUCUCGGAUGGCCUUUCAUUGGGAACAUGUGGUCCUUCCUCAGGGCUUUCAAGUCUAGCGAUCCUGAUUCCUUCAUGUCCUCCUUCAUCAACAGAUUCGGUCGCACCGGAAUCUACAAGGCCUUCAUGUUUGGGAGCCCGAGCGUGAUUGUGACCAUGCCUGAGCCAUGCCGAAGAGUAUUGACCGAUGAUGAGAAAUUCGAGCCUGGUUGGCCCGUUGCAACUGAGGAAUUGAUCGGGAAGAAAUCAUUUGUAGGGAUUUCAUAUGAAGAACACAAAAGGCUUAGGCGUUUGACUGCCGCUCCAGUCAAUGGUCAUGAAGCUUUGUCUCUAUAUAUAGGAUAUAUUGAAGAAAAUGUCAUAUCUGCGCUUGAUAAGUGGUCAAAGAUGGGGCAAAUUGAGUUCUUGACUCAACUCCGGAAGCUCACCUUCAGGAUAAUCAUGCAUAUCUUUCUUAGCUCAGAGAGCGAACCGGUGAUGGAGGCUUUAGAAAGGGAAUACACCACUCUCAAUCACGGUGUUAGAGCCAUGGCAAUCAACCUUCCAGGAUUUGCUUACCACAAAGCACUCAAGGCUCGGAAAAAACUAGUGGCAAUAUUCCAAUCCAUAGUGGAGGAACGACGGAAUCAGAAGGAGACCAAGGUUUAUGCGAAGAAGGACAUGAUGGAUGCUCUACUAGAAGUAGAAGACAAAAACGGUCGAAAGUUGAAUGAUGAGGAAAUCAUCGAUAUGUUAUUAAUGUACUUAAAUGCGGGCCACGAAUCUUCUGGUCAUGUCACAAUGUGGGCGACCAUCUUCCUACAAGAGAACCAGGAGUUCCUUCAGAAAGCCAAGGAGGAGCAAGAAGAGAUCGUGAAGAAGAGACCACCGGCACAAAAGGGUUUGACCCUCAAGGAAUUUCGGCAGAUGGAAUACUUGUCCAAGGUUAUUGACGAAACACUUCGCUUGAUCACAUUCUCACUGGUGGUUUUUCGUAAAGCGAAAUCAGAUGUCAGAAUAAAUGGCUACACUAUUCCUCAGGGUUGGAAAGUUCUGGUCUGGUUCAGAACCGUUCAUUUGGAUCCCGAAAUAUAUCCGAAUCCAAAGAAGUUCGAUCCUUCUAGAUGGGAUGGUUACACACCCAAAGCAGGAAGUUUUCUUCCCUUUGGAGCAGGAAGCAGGCUGUGCCCUGGAAAUGAUCUCGCAAAGCUUGAGAUAGCGAUUUUCCUGCAUCAUUUCCUUCUUAACUAUAGGCUCGAACGACUCAAUCCCGAAUGUGCAACAAGGUACUUGCCCCAUGCGAGGCCAAUUGAUAACUGCCUAGCGCGGGUCAGGCCGCUCUCAUCUCCAUCUGCAUAGAAGGGAAGACAUCCGAGUGGGAAAUUUUCUCUUUGUUUUUAAUUUUUUCAUAGUACGCUAAAAUCACGAAUGUUCAUUCCCCGACCUUUCCUCGGCGAGGGAACACCAUAACAGACCUUAACGAGGGAACAGAAAUUGCAAGAUUUUGACUGUCUCA